AUGGGUCGCGGAAGAGCGAAUCCUCAACCUCGCGGCUCGGCACAGCACGGCGAUGGUGGUGGUGGCUAUGGCUACCACUUGUGGCGAGGGGCCAAAUCACCGAGCCAUCAAGCCCCGUGGAAGUCAUCGACCGGCCGGCAGCAGGCUUUGUUUCCCGGCUACUUGUCCAUGAAGGUGUCAGUGGACAGUGCCCAGCCUGGUGCAGUGGCUGGGGCACACGCCCUUCCAGACGAUGCCGACUCCAGACUGGUGCCUACAGUGCAGACAGCCUUGAACCACACCCGGAAGGCGGAAACCAAGGUGAUUCGCUUGAGGAACCAGCACACCGAAUGCAUCGCCAAAUUCAAGCAAUGGGAAGCGAAGAUGAUGGCGAGUUACCAGCGCGAAAGGGGAAGGUUCGCCAAGGACACGGAAAGGCUCUUGCGAGAAAUCGCCGAAGCAGAGCAGGAGCAAAUGGACGCGAGAGCGUCCCUUCGCGCCAUGGCCCUCAGUGCCAUGGAAGAGGGCAAGGAACGAGAUGUGGAGAUGCCCGCAGUGGAGAAUGUUUUCGCUUCGUGGGCGCGUGCAGAGGAACAGUCCACAAUGGGGGUUCUUCAACGGGCCAUGGCUGCGGACCUCACACCUGUGAGGCCCACUCCUUCUGCGCCGAGAACCCCUCCGACUGGGAGUGGUGUCCACUGCGAGAUGAGUGCGCCUCGGGCGGCAGUGGACCCCUAUUUCCACAUUCCAGCAGCACCUCCAGGUUUCGUCUCGCCUCCUGGUUUGGCUGCCGGCCCGGCGGUCUCUCAGGCUCCGCUAGAGCCCAGCACGGCGGUACCUGGUGGCCCAGAUCCGACCGGUAUGCCACAUGUUCCCGCCGAUGGCUCCGCACUUCCCCCUGGUUAUGGCCCCAGUCCAACACUUCAAGAUCGAGUUGCAAGGCGUCGAGCACUGGAGCCAUUCGGGGGAGCGAAAGCUUCCAGGACGGAGUUCGAUGCCAGUGCCAUUGUCGCUGCCGCUCAAUCAGCUUUGGCUUCGGGCAAGAAGAUACGAAUUGUGGAAGACGAUGGGGACGAGGAAGAGGAAGACGACGAGCUUCACACGGCCGAUGCACCAGUGCAGAUCGAGGAUCGGCGCACUCUGUACUCACCCUGCGAUGUUCGCAGCGAGCUCGGCAAUGUUACAACUGCAGCUUUACACCUGCUUGUGCUUUGGCGCUUACUCCUCAGUGCCAUGUGCCUACAGCUCUGGUCCUGCCUUGGGGCUACGCUUGCCGACCAGAAUGUGCGGGCCCAGCCAAACCACGGGCUCGCCGUGCUCCUCUCAGACGUCGCUUCAGCGCUCACGGAAGCCCAUGCCGUGUUGACACCCGUGAUCGCGAUGCAAGUCAUCCAGAUUCAUCGCGUAAUGCACUAUGCCCUGACGACUUGCCGGCGCACGACCACACUUCAGCUGGGUCCUCUAGGGAUGCUGAUCACUACGGAGAUCAUUUUGACUCUCCCAGCCAGCCUAGAACAUUUCAUUGACCGCCUGGCAACGGUCCUCUUUGAUGCUCGGUCAAUGACAGGCAAGGUUUUCGCGGAGAUACUGCCCAACCACACAAGCCUUGAUGCAAUCUGCAGAAUUGUAGGGCAAGAGGUGCAUCUUGAAGAAGGCGACACUCUGUGCCUCGCACCUGCACAGCAUUUACCACUUUGGGGGCCUUCUCUUAUGCGCUCCCUACAACAGCCCACGCCGUGGCUGAGCAUUGAUCCAGUCCCUGCAACUGCCCGAGCCCUGUGCGUACUCAUUCUACAUGAGUCCGGUAAAUAUCUCUACAGCGACCUCGUUCAGUGUGACUGGCAAAAUUGUUUGCGUGUCACGCACUUCGUAGGAGUUGAGAUGUCGGAAUCAAGGUUGGUGUCCGCUUUCGACCUCACUUCCUACGUUUACCACGGGACCCCAGUGCGGGGCAUCAUUGCGGUUCUAAGGCGUAGCACUGACCGAGACCAGCAAAACCGCCCCCUCCCGGCAGUACUGUUCGUAGACAGCCGUCCGGUCGGACAAGAUGUGAACUUCUGCGUGCUGGAUCACUAUCAUGUGUCGCGCGAAUUCCUGCAAGGCUAUGUGAGGUGCCCCACCCCACCGGGGCACAGGUUGGCUGUCAUGGGGGGACAGUUAAGGGGAAACGGGUUUGAUUUUCAUAGUGGCGAGGUGCUGACACUAGCCUUCCUUCCCGUCGAGCAAGGCGAGCCUGAGGCAGGCGAAUCCGAACCCGAUGGGUCUGAUGACCCUCCUGACUCAUCCGAUGGGGGACACGGGUCAGACGACUCCACCAGAUCCCGUUCACGCCACCGGGACGUCUCCCUUUCGAAAGCCAGUGGAGAUAGUUCUUACCAAAGCCACCUGCCCGCGCCGGCCGACACCAACGAGUCCCACCGGAAGCAGAGCCAGGCUUCAUGUUGCAUGCUAGCGCCGAUCACACCCGCGCUCCUCGAGGUAUGCGUCUUCGAUGGAUCUGGCUUUUUCAAUCUUGCAAUGCAAGUUGGGCGCAAGUUGAUCGCUGCCAGCUCUGUCCUCACUUGUCCCCCUGCCCCGAAGGUUGAUGGCCCUCCACGCCUUGAGGCUAAGAUCGGCGACACACCCCCGCUGCACAUUUCACUGCGCAACCUUGACAAUGGCGAGGGUCCCCCUCGACCGCCAGACAUGCGUGACUUGGGUGAUCAUUCACCGGAACGCGGGCAGCCGCCAGAUUUCUUCGUGGAAGCACCUGAUUUUCUUGAAGAUCCAGUGCCCGCCCCCAGGCUCCGAGGUCUUUUUGUGGUGCUCUGUGAAGAUUACCGCCCAGAGGUGAUACCGUUAAACUUCUGGUUGCCUGUGGCCCAAUUUCAGGUCAUGCGUGAAGUGCAAGCCAUGCGCCUGCCGGAUGUACGGCGAUACUUUCCGCGUUUGCUCGAUGUCAAGCCUCAGCCUUGUGCUAGUUUUGCCGUGCUGCUUGGAAUCACAGGCAUCCCUGGCCCCUUCUGCGACGUUGUCUUUGACUGCAGGGCAGUUGGCGGGUUUGUUUUCGCGGGCCAUGCUGAUGCGGAAGCCAGCCGAGCCGAGCUCCUUGCCAUAGCGGGCUUCGCACAUCGUCUCGAUGCGGACGUCUGGGUACCCUCCUCUCGAGGCCCUUUGCAAGAACGCCAGCCGGCGCACCUGGAUUUCGGAGUUUUGGUGUCCAUUGCCCCGCGGGGCAUCCUGCCUCCCCGCUUUGCGCCACUAGCCGAGAUGCUGAGACGUCCAGAGGACUGGAACGCACGUGCUGAGGUCCCUUUUGCCUCGGAUCCAGGACUAUGGCUGUUGACAGACGAGGGGCCUUGUUUUCACCCAAUCCCCGCCGGUGCAAGCCGCAUCCCUCGGGGGGUUCUUGCUGAUAGUCUCGGCUACGACAGAGAGCGACUUGUCACCGUCCCGCCGUCUCCUCAGAUGCGGGGUCUAUGUAUCAGGGGAGUAGCCGCAUCGGCCGCUCUGGUCGCCACUCAGUGCUUACCUCACUCCACUGUUGCCGAGCCCAGAGCCAGUGUUAUUAUUGUUGACUUGCGGCCCCUGCAGCUAGGUGUCACUUGGAGGCUGGCACACAGAGGUACCUUCUCUCUACAGCAUUUCGCUGAGGACCUCGAUUACCCCUGCCCCGAGGGUUUCCAGCUCAUCGCAGAGGGAGCACCACGCAUCUCCUCUAGACCAGGGGUGGUUUUACAUGUUGUCGACGGUUCCCGCAUUACCGUGGCAUGCGCCCCCAUUCCACCUGGGAUGCCUGAAGAGGCCCGUCACCGAGAGACGCAGUCUGGAGGCACAGAUUCUGAGGACUUCUCCCCAAGGACUCAGGAUGAAGAUACAGACGCGAGCUCGGAUGGGAGCUCGAGCGCCCGGCCAGCCGGGCCUCCUACACCUGAGCCUAUAGGACCACGCCCUGAUCACAACAACCGGUUCGCCAGCCUCGUUCUGCUGAACGCCGCGCAUGCCCUGUGCCCAUAUAGCCUCCUUCUGCUUGCGCUUUCGGCAGCGCCUGUAGCGGCAUCUGCUCCUUCAGCCACAGAUGGACGCAUACCCCCUGACCCAUCAAUCCUUUAUGGUGUCGGCCUCUUGUCGCUCGGGCUUUGGCAAGCUUUUGCAGCUAGCUCGAACCUUGGGCUGGCGUGGCCUCUCAUCCCUGCCAACCCAGCCACCUUCCUCGACCAGGAGACGGAUGCAUCCGCUCAGGAAGCUGGAGUUCAACUCACCCGCAUUUCUUAUGCUGUGAUGACGCCAGACUAUCCACCGGAGACUGGGGAAGUGGAGUUGGAACUGCCCUGUACCCCAGAAGAAGCCAUUCAAGCUGUUCAAGCCUCCCGCUCCACUCCUUGCCAUCUACGUUUCCCCUUCCUGACCCCUGCAUCUCCGCAGUCUGUGGUUGGCCACGCUGUCCUGCUCGCGACACCGAGAUGGGCACCUCUGGCGUUGACUGUUCUGGUCAACACAUCAGCAAUCGACGGCCGCAUUUUUGCUUGCUAUGCACUCGAGUAUGCUGAUUAUAGCACUCUGAUCGCCUUAGCAGACCUGCCACCUCAGGCAGCUUACGAUGUCUAUGCUGGCGACGAUGAUCAGCCCCUCAAUGAGGGGGCACAGAUCCACAUGUUCCCAGGCAUGCAGAUUGCUAUCGCCUUUGCUGAUCAGCAUCCAGCCUUCGGGCUGCCCUUUGCCUGUAGGCAUGUCCUCUGCCUGGAGGAUCACCGGAAUCCCACAAGUUUCGGUGUCAAAAUGGCGCGUAGAUUCGGCAUUGACGAUAGGCAGCUUAAUGUCCUAAUAGCCUCUCCGGCACCGGCUAACAUUGCCCUGGAGGGCGUACGAUGCCAAGCCCUCAUUGCUGUCUGCGAGAAGUCAUGCUCGGACGCAGACGGUACCAUUCCAGGCUUCUUUCUGGAUCAGAGGCCCAUUCAGGAGGGUUUCGCCUUCAUGCACCUGAGGGACCCCGUGCCUGAUGUACUUAGCCUCCACCGCAUCUUUCAGGCCGAUGCUCCCAGAGGCUGGGUACCCCGUUUCAGUAAUGAGCAUGUGCCUGAUGGCCGCCCCACUUUCACCUCCGGAUCAGUCGUUGUUGUGGACUACGUGCCUGAACCUGCGCCUUCCGAUGCCCUCGAAGGUGAUCCCGAGGCUACUGACACGACGGCCUAUGGUAACACUCCUGCUCCAUCCAACACAGAGCAUCCUCUUGCUCGCACAGACGGCUCAGCCCACCCGGGAAGGGGCGACGACCCGCCGCGUGGACAGGAGGGAAGAGAUGACGGCCUCCCACAUCCAGACAGUGGCACCAACACUUGCCCUAUGCUGCCGGGGGUUUUUCUGAUUUUGAGUCAAGAUUACACCACUGAAUUGCUAGAGGUCAGGAUCCCCCUUAACACUCAAGCCGCUGUGGCGCUGCUUUACGUGUCGCAGGCCAGAGCUUGCCAGGAUCGAGAUCGUUUUCCAAUUUUGUGUGCAGUCGAGCCACAACCUUUGGGUGCGCAGGCGGUCCUGCUGGCACUGCCACAGUGGGCCCCUGACGGGGUGAUUGCAGCUUUUGACCUCACAGCUAUCGACGGGCGCAUCUUCGCCCUCAACAUCGGACGCCGUGCUACACGGGCCGGCCUUCUCCAGGCAGCAGAGCUUCCAGAUGAUCCUCGCUUCGAAGUCUUCGUUGGAACGAUGCCGUGGCCAAUUCCGGCUGACACGGCAGUCGACGUCAGGCAUGGAGACCUGAUUCAAUUCACUUUUGUCGGCAGAGGACAUUCAGUGGUUGCCUCUUUUCCGGAUAUGCUUCGAUCAGCGUACGGCUGGCAUGCAGACCCGACUUUCAUCAGAGCUUAUUCCGGCUGGAACCUGGAUGACACGUGGGUCGUCAAUGAUGAUAAGUCCUUCCUCAUGCACGUGUCAAGUGCCAGGCGUCGGUAUGUCCGCCAAGACCUUGCUUUCCGCGUGCGGAUCCCAGCUGAUGAACUCAUCCUGCGACCACCCCAGCCUCGAAUCAGUGAUUUCUCUAACAGAGGUUGGGUGACAUGCAGUGUACUUUAUGCGGCUAGAUCGCUCCAUGGCCACCACUACACUGCCGCGGAGGCUAUCUCGACUUACCAGGGCUUUUCGCUCGUGUUUGUGCAAGGCUCUGCUCUUCCAGUGCAAGAUGGUGCUGUUUUUACAGCUGCCUUUGUGCCCGAGCCCCCGCCUCGGUCUCUUGCUCCUGACCCGCCCGACGACAGUCCAGACCAACCUGGAGAUGAUCAGUCCGGGGGCUAUCAGAUCGCCCUGCGCCCUCAUGCAGGGGAGGCCUUCUUAUUUGGCCUUUUCAGCCUAAUGUUCUGGGCCCUCGCCGUCCCGCUCCAGUCUCGGGUCUUGCGAAUCGUCCUCCUUUUUGCAACAAUCCAACUUCGUGUUGCCGAUGGGGUCUUGUCAGUGGCUUGCGUUUUACCUCAGGGUGAGGUUGUAAACUCCCCUGGGAGCCUCCCUUCAGCAGCUUGGGAACAUGAAGAGGCCCCUGCUGUGGCCUUCCAUGCCCUUGGCAGACCCUUGCCAACCCCUGCCAGAGCGCUGACCUUCGCUCAAGUGAAGGUCCCACAGGUGCCCCUCACCAGUGGCCCUCCCAAAACAACUCAGACGCUGUUCGGAGACAGCUUUGCUCUUGGAGGGAUGCCUGCGUACAAGGUUGAGCUUGAGUCUCUGCGACUUGACACCCUUUCAACCUUGCUUGAGGACAGCAGGAGUGCUAGUGAAGACUACCCGAUCUACCUCGCCGCUACUCUCCUUGAUGCUGUCCUCGAGCACCACCACGGCGAUCAAGAUAAUUCCCCAACACCAGCUAAGUUGUCUCUUGUUGAGGCAUUGCCCGAUGAUUGCAGUGCCGUGCCCCCCGUGCACCCCGCGCCAUGGCCGAUGGCUGCUGCCUCCUUUAACCAACCCUUGCAGCACGCACGCUUGCAACUCGGGGGAGCAGACUUAGGCUUCACGGCACACCAGGCGGCACUUUUUCUACAGCCUCAGGUGCGCUUCGGCGACUUUAGGGACCUUCUAAGUCGCCUGCCUCCAACUGUCGCAAAGGCACUGCACAGCACCUUCCCAGCGGCCGUUCCAGCCUCGCCGCUGCUCUGUUUUGUCGAUGGGUCCUUCACCCCGGCAGCAAACAGUCACAAUGCGCUGAUUGGCUGGUCCUGUGUCUUCCUUGAUCUGGAAAAACGCGGCGUCAGUAUUGUGUCAGGGCCGAGGCCUAGAUGGUAUGCUCAGUCGGAGGUGCCAGCAUCUGCAUUUGUCGCAGAGUGCAUUGCCAUGACUGCGGCGAUAUGGGUUGGCAGCACCGCUUUCUUUUGUCGACAGGUGCUGUACCUUUCCGACUGUCAGGCGGCAAUUCAGGUUGCCUCUGGCAAAGCCGCAUCCUUCGCCAACGAUGUGGCCCUCGUCUUGCGGCGCACUGCAUCAUGUGCCGAAGCCUUUUUGGGGGCACCUCUGUCAAUUCGCUAUGUGCCUGGACACAAGGGGCAUUUCGGCAAUGAAGUAGCCGAUGCGGCUGCGAAACUGGCGUCCAAAGGAAACGCCGUUGGCAGACUCGUCUGGAGUGACGAGACUGGAGGCUCCGUCGACUGGUGGGCGUGCCAGGCUCACCGGGUCGAGUGGUGCGGGAUUGCGAUGCGUAGCCUUUUCGGUGAUAGGACUCUCCCCCCAGUCCAGAGUGCCCCCGCGCAGACCCGCGCAUGCUGCGCCAGCACAGUGCCUUUUGCGCGCCCUGUGCGCACACACUGCGCGCACACUGCGCACCCACCGCGAACACAAUGUGGGCUUACGCCCGAGCAAAUGAUGGCUCCAUUCCGCCCCACUGUACCCACGGAAGGUGCGACAGGUGAACGCUUUGGCAAACUUCACCUUUGCUUCGCCACGUACAACGUGUUAUCAUUGUGCGGCAAAGCUUUUGCUGAUCAACAGCCCGGAGGCCUAGCCUUUGCGGCAGGUAGGCCGGCAAUGCUGGCACGCUGCCUCUCUGAGGCUGGCAUCCACGCACUUGCUGUGCAGGAAGCGCGCACUGAAACAGGCUUCCUGCGUACGGCAGAUUUUCUGCGGUUCUCAUCCGGACACGAGUCAGGGUGCCUCGGUGUUGAGCUGUGGUUCCUUGAAGGCCAUGCCAUCAUUCCGGCCUCGUCCCAAGGAGACGCAAAAGCUGCUUUCAGCAAAGAAGCCUUCAAUGUUGUCUAUCGGGACCCCCGGCGGCUGAUCUUGAACUUUAGCUCUGGACCCCUCCGCCUGUGUUUCGCGUCCUUGCAUGCGCCUCACCGGGGCACUGAAGCCAGUAAGCUCCAAUCUUGGUGGAGCCAGACCUUGGUCAUGAUCAAGGAAGCUGCUGUUCGUUCACCAGUCAUCCUUGGUGGAGACUUCAACGCCUCGGUCGGAUCAGUUAGCUCCAACCGUAUCGGGGACUGCGGACCCGAGGAGCAGGAUGAGGCAGGAGCAUUCCUCCAUGAGCUUGUGGAUUGCUGCCACGCAUGGAUCCCAGCAACUUGGGACCGAUGUCACACCGGACAGUGCUGGACCUACAUUCAGAAGCGUAACCAGGCGCUCACGCGCCCCGACAUGAUCUGUCUCCCUGACUGCUGGAGCGACGCCCAAGUCAGCUCAUGGGUUGACCCAAGCAUACAUGUGGGGCAGCCUUACAUUGACCACCUCGCCAGUGUCAUCCAGGUUAGAGCCUGGUUGAAGGUCAGCAAAGGUGGUGGUCGGCCUAAGCCAGCACGCAUUGAUGCCAAGGCCCUCGCCGAUCCGGCCAAUCAACCCAAGCUGGAAGCAAUCCUUUCCGCUGCACCCCGUAUCCCUUGGGAUGUCUCAGCUGAUGCACAUGCUGCUCUACUUGUUGGAUAUCUCCAACAUGAGCUCGUUGGAACCUUUGCAAUGGCCAAGGGUCAGCCACGGCAGGCUUACAUUACUGCUGACACAUGGGAGCUCCAUGGCCAGGUUGCUGCUCUGAGAAAGCGUUGCGCACGCCUCAGGAGACAAUGUUGCACGCAACUUCUCGCCGCAGCUUUCAGGGCUUGGGCGGAAAGGAAUGCAACACUAUUGCAUAAUGCAAUUUCUUCGCCCUGGGCCUCCAAUGCUGCCUCGUGGGGACAGGUGCAAUCCAGACAACUGCGAGACCUGUCCCAGCGCCUUCGCAAGGCAUGUAGACAAGACCGUGCACGAUACCUCUCGGAGCUUGCCGAUGAGGUCCAGUCCAACAAGCCUGGCUCCCAUCAAGCGCUGAACAGACUUUUGGGCCUCAAGCAAAAGAAACCCUUCGCUCCAGAUGUGCUGCCCGAAAUCCUUGACCAGGAUGGGCAUCCUUGCCCUACGCCUGAAGCCACCCUCCAACGAUGGCGCAGCUACUUUGGAGAUAUGGAAUCUGGUGUCGAAAUGCCCCCAGCCGACGUUUUUGCUGAAGCAGGAACGAGACGCCAUCUCGCAUGGCCUGCACCCCCAGAUGCUCUAUCUCUUCCGGGCCCUAGCGAUGUCUGUCGAGCAAUGGCCUCCAUCAAAAGCCAUAAAGCCUGCGGGCCUGACGGUGUCCCGGGAGAACUGUUCAAGACCGCACCGGCCUUUCUUGCUCCGCUCGUGAUGCCCCUGGUCUUCAAACUUGGGCUUCUAGGCGAAGAAGCUGCAGGGCUGAAAAGUGCCCUCCUUACCUGGCUCUACAAACAACGAGGGGCCAAAAACACAUGCUCAUCGUACCGUGCGAUAAUGUUGCUCCCCACUUUGACGAAAGUCAUUCACCGAGCAUACCGCCCUCGCAUAUACGAGCAUGUGCUUCAUCAUGCGCCUCCACUUCUUCUAGGUGGCCGAAAAGGGGCCUCAGCGGUCUUUGGAAGUCAUGUUAUUCGUCUCUUCUGCCGCUGGACAGCAGCCUGUCAGAAGCCUGCAUGUGUCCUCUUUGCAGACGUUGCUUCAGCCUAUUAUAAUUCCAUUCGGGAUUUGACAGCGCGGCGCAUCGACGACCAGGGGCAACCGGUUUCGACCCAUGUUCCCCACGACGGCACCGAGCAGCACGAAGGCCUAGCCACUGCUUUGCAUGGCCCCAGUGCCUUUGAGGCAAGCGGGGCUACGGCGUGGUUGGAAUCGCUUGCCGCGGAAUUUCAUCGAGGGUCUUGGUUUUCGCUUCGCGGUGACCACGUACCUGUGGUAACUAGGCGCGGAUCGCGUCCAGGGUCGUCUCUAGCAGACCUCAUGUAUAGCUCCGGGGUCGCGCAGAUCGUGGCGACACGCGAUGCCUUGAGAGCUCAGUCACCAGAGGCAGGCCAUGUCCCGCAAGUGCCGUGGGACGGCAAACGCGAUUUGUCUCCGACGCAAACCCCUACUACUGCCUCGCCGCUCAGCGAUGUCAUCUGGGCGGAUGACUUGGCCGAAUGCUUUAUGCUUUCCACCUCUCAGCGAGCUGCACACCAGGUCUCUUUGGAAGCGUCCAUCCUUGACGAGGCUUUCGCCUCUCAGGGGUACUGCCUUACAUACGGCCCUUCCAAGACUGCAGCACGUGUGCUGCUGAUGGGAGAUGGCUCCCGAGCCGCCAAACGUGCCUUGUUUCAGGGGACGGGGACCCUGCCUGUUCUGCGGGAAACUGAGAUGGCCGCAACCCUACCCCUUGUCACCAGCUACAAACAUCUUGGUGUGCUGGUGGGGUCGUCUUUUCUCUUAGAACUUCGUGCCAGGUGCGCCUCGGCAUGGGCGGCUUUCAGGCAAGGCAAACUCCGGGCUUAUCGCUGUCGGCGCAUCGCUGUCGCUAGACGGGGCACUCUUUUGUCCACAAUGGUCAUGCCCCGGCUCCUUUUUGGGGCAGGUGCGUGGCCCAGUCUCAAUCGCGGCGAGUCCCUUCUCUUUCAGCGCACGGUUAUGUCCUUGUACAGGCAAACCCUGUGUGUGCCCAAGGGCGAAGAUCAGCACAUAUCUGGUGCGAUGGCUUGUGCUCUACUUGGGUUGGCUGAUCCGCAUACACUGCUCCGUGUGGAAAGGCUGCGCUACUUGCGUCAGCUUUCGCAAGCAGCACCAGACACUUUGUGGGCCCUCCUUAGACAGGACACCUCGUACCUUAAGGAGUUGCGCGACGCCAUGCAAUGGCUAUUUCGGCGAGUGUCGGCCACCGUGCCCUUGCAAGACCCUCUUUUGUGCUGGGGAGACUGGUCUCAGAUCAUGUGCGAAGCGCCAGGCCGUUUCCGGGGCUGGAUUAAACGAGCAGCCGCGCUUGAAGCCCUACGCCUGCGUGCCUUUGCCGCUUUGCAGUCCUGCAGACGCUGCCUGAUUCCCUUUUGUUCGAAUGAGCGCCCGGAACCUGAGCAUAGUGUCCGUUUUGCUGAGGCUUGUCUGCCGUGCCGCAAGGCCUUCGUCGACAGGGUCUCUUGGGCCUGUCAUGCCAGCAGGCUGCAUGGCUACAGGACCCGCGCCACCGAAGUCACGAGGGGUAUCGACCAAUCUUGGUGCAGUGGUUGCGGCAAACUCUUCGCCAACUCCAGCCGCAUGAAGAGGCAUGUUUUUGUCACCCCAGCGUGUCAAGUGAACUGGGGCACCUUUCACCUUGCGGGUUCUUUGCCUAAACAUCCUCUUCACCCGUCGGCACCGCCCGUGCAGCUGCCUGGACUUGGCGCUGCCACUCGGCCUGCAAGGGAUGUACCUCAAGACACGUGUCAUCCGGCCCUCCUCGAUGCCCUGCUAGGUCUUGAUGAAUCGGACGACACGCAGGUGUGGGCUGUUAUCCAGGACUUUAUCGCCCCGAUUGAGCACCUGCGAAGCACUGUCGAAGUGUGGCGUGCCCAUCCUUCUGCACAGCCUUUCGCCGAGGAAGCAGCCAGUAACAUGCUGCUUUUGUUGGAUCCGGAAGUCUGCUGCGACACUUUCCAGCAGCCCAAGACGCAGCCCACUCACCUGGACUUCCUUGCACCUCUCCCCCCCCUCUCUGGACUUGCCCUUCCUCUCGCCUCCAGUGGGGCCGCUGCUUCCUUCGUCAUCGAAGCACCCCCACUGCCCUGCUUUGUCUACCCUUUCGACUGCAGCGUUCCGCUUGCAGUUGCUGACAGGCAUGUGGCUUGGUUGGAAGCUUCAGUUGAGGUGCUCGCUGCGGCAACCCAAACAUCCGUUACCAGCCCGGUCCGGAUUGGGGCCUCCGAGACAGCGCUCCGUUGCCUUGAGCCGGCGACUACUUGGCUUAAGGCUGGGGGUUUGGUCAGCACAGCGGAAG